AUGCCAGCCAUCUUAUCAGUAAUCGUCUGCUCGAUACAAUGGUUCCUCAUUGGAUACACCUUGACAUACGGCGAAGGAGGAGCGAUCUUCGGAGACUUCAAGUACGCAUUCCACAGGAACGUUCUCGCAGAGCCUGUUGGAACAAUUCCUGCAGUGUUGUUUAGCUUCUUCCAAUUGGUCUUUCAAGCUACUGUAUGUGCCAUUGCGGUAGGAGGUGCUUGUGAAAGAGGAAGGAUACUGCCGUUGAUACCAUUCAUAUUUCUCUGGUCCACCUUCAUCUACAAUCCCUUAGCUCAUAUGGUAUGGGGUGGGGGCUUCCUCAUGGACCUAGGCGUUGUAGAUUUCGCGGGUGGUACACCUGUACACAUUAAUUCUGGAGCAACAGCGACGGCCUUGUCCGUGUAUCUCUCAUACCCCUUGUUUCGCUCGCGCAAGUCGUCGACUCGAACACCCUCUCAUUUGGUCAUCCACCGUCCUGUCAACUCACUCUGCCAAGUUCUUGCUCUGAUCAGUAUCUGGGGAUCAUGGCUUGCUUUUGAUGCGGGGACGACGCUAGCGUUUAACUUCAAGUCCGUAGUGGCGUUAUGCGUUACAAACCUCUGUGCUGCCAGCGGGGCGCUUACCUGGAUGAUUUAUACCUACGUUGAAGUGGGUCGCUGGAGUCUAGACUCAUGCUUCAUGGGCGCCAUCUCUGGACUUAUCAUGAUCACACCUUCCGCAGGUUUCAUCGAUCUACCAACAGCCUUUUUCUUUGGCAUACUGGGAGCAUUGUUCUGUCGUCAAGCGCUUCGCAUCAAGUUUAGCGAAUUUGCUCGGCGCUGGAGAUGGGUUGACCACGGUGACACCUUCGCGACACACUGUCUUGGUGGUAUCCUGGCAACAAUCUCGACCGGCUGCUUCGCACGGAAAGAAGUCGCUGGUUAUGACGGCGUCACGGAGAUCGUCGGCGGAGUGUUCUUCGACGGCAACGUACGGCAACUUGGCAUACAGAUUGUAGAGGCCCUCGUCGGAUUCUCAUGGUCGUUCUUUGGAAGCUACGUCUUGUACGCGCUCAUUGACUGUAUACCGGGCUUCGAAGUGUUAGCUGAAGACAAGGACAUCAUUGUAGGCUUAGAUGCAAGCCAAAUGGACGAAGAGACGUUAUGGACCGAGACGCAGAAGUACUAUCCCUAUGCCGACCGCGAAGGCGAACUGCAUCUCGACUGA